AGGGGUUUUGGGAAAACAAAUUUUUUCGUUGAGAAAUAGCAUUUUUACUAAAAAUCAAGAAAACCCCAAACAGUGCUUUUUUCAACUGUAUGCUAUUUUUAAUUUUUAAACUUUGUUUUUGAGUUUUGGGGAGGCCAGGGUUGAUGCAACAGGCACUUCACGUUGUUUGCAGUUGAAAAAAGCACUGUUUGGUGUUUUCUGGGUUUUUAGUAAAAAUGCUAUUUCUCAACGAAAAAAAUUGUUUUCCCAAAACCCCUCCUUACGGCUAUAGCUGGAGUAUAGAGCUAUCGAAUGGCAUAAAAUUCAAUGAGUUAGCUCCUCAGCAAAAAACUAGAUAGGUUUUUGGCGGAGGGGUCUCAUUAUUCAAGGUUUUCUAUCGCGAGCAGCGCCAGAAUUUCAAAUUACGUUCUAAGAGUCUGAAAGUAGUAUGGAUAUACCCAGUUUUCGACGAGGAAUCGAAUAAAAAAAAGUUUGAGCCUGUAGCUACUUUCUAUAAAAAGUUAUGAGUGGUUUUCGAAAGGCCAAGAAUUUUCGAAGUUUUUGGACCUUUUCAGUAUUUUGCAUUUUUCUCCCCGAAAAAAAGGUUUUUUUCAACUUUCAAGGUCAUAUUCAUGAUCAGCAUGCUCUGGCAAAUCCAAAUAGGUGUCUUUUUUUUUAAAUUUUGGUAAAAGUUUGCUUUGCGUGCACCUUACAAACAACAAACAAUUAUAUUGAAGUGGUAAAGUCGAUUGGAAUGAUUAUUAAGUGUAAAAUCAUGGAUUUGGAAAAAGCAGUUAGAUGAAUUACAAAAUACCAGUUAUUUAUGUGUUUUAUUAGAUGAGACAACUGAUAUUAGCAACAUUAAACAACUUGUAAUCUGUCUUCGAUUUUUUAAUACCAAACUUCUAUUCAAAUCCGGGACUUGCAAAAUCCAGAAAUGUUAGGAUCUAUAUUGAUGAAUAGUUUAAAAAAAUUAAUUAAAUUCUAUCUCGUUUUCUUCAUAUUGCUGAUGAAUCUUGUUCUGAAAUAAAAUAUAAUGAAGAAACAUCAGUCUAAGACUGUGAUGUUUGAACUGACCCGACCCUAUGGUCAGGUUGGGUUCGGGUUGAACAUUUUGCGGCGCAAUUUAUAACAUAGGUAAUAAUUUCAAUUUUGUAUUACUCGUUGAAAAGUUAACUCUGUUGGAAUUUUCAGUUGAAAUACUUAUUUCAGGACAAUUGCAUUCACUAACAAGGCAAGGUCUUAAGAUGCCCAACUUCGUUUUUAAUGACCCCUAGCCGAGACUUCCGACAAAACUCCCACGUGACUCCUGUCACAGCGACCUGUGGGAGCCAGGUGGGCCUUUCAAGGGGUUCGCUCGCGACUCCUGUAGGACUUUGAGGACUUCCGUUGGGCUCCUGCCGAACUCGAAAGUCCUUUAAGUCUCACAGGAGUUCCGAGUGAGUCUUCAAAAGUCCUACCUAGUUCUACAAGAUCCCGUGGCAGGAGGUCCUGUGGGAGUUUUGUUGCGAGGCUCGACUAGGGGUAGUAGCACUGGUUUCUAAAAAAGAUUCCUUAAAACUCCUUUAACCUACUGCAGUGGCGGAUUUAGGGAGGUACGAUCGAAGCCUCCCUAACAAACUGUUUUUAGAAGAAAAGAAAAUUGUUAAUGCUUCCGGUCUCAAAAGUUCAAGCAAUCGCAACCCCCCCUUUAAAUGGGUUUAAACCCAUUUAAAGGGGGGGUUGCGAUUGCUUGAACUUUUGCGAUUGUUAUACAGUAGGUCAGUGUAGUCAGUGAUGGAUGCAGGAUUUUUUAAAGGAGUUUAUAAACUCCUUUAAAAAAUCCUGCAUCCAUCACUGACCUACUGUAUAACAAUCGCAAACUACUAAUGAAAUGAAGGAGACUAUAAAAAAUCCAGUAUAUACAUCCAUGAAUACAGUUAAUCUUCUGCUUGAGAGAUUUCCCUACAUGUAAGUUAUGAAGUUAUUCUAUGUCUCCAUUGUUGAUCUUGAACAUUGUCACAACGUCGCCACCAUCAGCUUACCGAAUAUUUUUUCCUUGUGUUCAAACACAAUGGUUUCUAACUCCAUGAUUGUAGUAUUCCCUUUAUUUCUAGUUUCUUGUUUUGUAGUAGUUUUAAACACUCGACUUGUAACAGAUAGUGAAGUCACAUGUUUAUUUCUGAUGGUGGGUUAAAUUUAUUUCUAUUGGUUUAUUUUAGCUCUCGAGCGCACUUGCUCACUCACGAAACGACAGUACCUAUCUGUCUGCCCACAUAUUUUGCUUUUUUUUGUGAUCUAGUGAGUAAAAUGAGUUGAAUAACUCAGGCUUUAGAAUCAAUUAAUUCAAUUUAUUUUUUAUAUUUUUAUUGAUAAUUUACUGGUAAGUGGGAGUCGAGAAUUCUACUUUAUUAGUAUUUACAACUUCUCUUUUUGUUAUAGUUAUGGCUACUGUAUCAACAUGAAUAUUUCCUUUUUUUCACUUGCUCAUUCCUAUUCCCGAAGUAAAUAAGGAAAACGCCACAGAUAUCAAUGUCGAGUAGAAUUAAAUUACCGUUUAAACUUGGUGAUUCUAAAAAAACGGAAGUUGAAAUCAAUGAACAGUUGCGCAGAGAAGAUUUUUCAUUAAGUGAAAUUGUUCGAUAUGGCUUUCCAUAUAAACCAACAACAUUAGCUUAUGAUCCUGUACAAAAACUGCUUGCAAUUGGAACAAAAACGGGCACAAUUAAAAUGUAUGCAGUUACUCUGUUUUUAAAACUGGAUAACUCUAAUCAAUCGUUACACUUUUUCAGUUAUGGUGGUGCCUUUGUUGAAUGUUCUUUACCUCAUCCAACUGAAGUAGAAAUUGUUCAAUUAGUAUUCAGAAUAAACGAGGGUGCGCUCAUUAGUGCGUGCCGUGAUAAUAUUAUACAUUUAUGGAGUCUUCGACAAAAAAAGCCAGUCAUUGCCAAUUCAUUGAGAUUCGUUAAAGAAAAAAUUAGUCGUUGUUUAUUACCAUUGUCAUUCAAUUCAAAAUGGUUAUUAGUCGGUACUCAUUGUGGAAACGUUUAUGUUGUUAAUCUUGAUACAUUCUCAUUGUCAUCAUAUAAAAUUAUGUGGAAUAAUGCAAUUGGAAUGGGAAAAAGUUCUCAUCCAGGCGCUGUUGUGGAUCUAUGUCAAAAUCCAGAUGAGCCCACAAAAAUAUACAUUGGAUUUAGUACACACAUCACUACUCCUAAUGCCACACCACUUGGUCAUGUUGUUUGCUGGAAUUUUGCACAAAAAACAUCCGAAAGUGUUUAUACGUUACCACAAGGUCUUACAUCUAUAUCUUGGCAUCAUGAAGGUCGUCAGUUUAUGUGUAGUCACUGUGAUGGAUCAUUAUCGGUUUGGAAUUUACGAGUGACAGACAAAUGUUUCAGUAUUAAUUAUCCACAUGCACGAAUAUGUAAAGACGAAGCGAAGAAGUUCGGUUGCGUCAAUAAAGUCAUGUGGAGUGCAAUCAAGAACUCCGAUUCAUCAUUCAUUAUUUUUUCUGGAGGAAUGCCAACUCCAGCCGAACAGUCACAAGCUCAACAACAACUCUCUCCUCCAUCAGCUGCGGCAACAACUGCUCCACCAAAGCCCUCAUCACAUUUUUUAACAAUUUUACGUGGACAAACAACAAACGUCCUUCAUAUGGAUAAUUCAAUCGUUGAUUUUCAUGUACUGUCUUCAUCACCUCAUAUUUCUGAUGUACCUGAUCCAUCGGCUGUCGUGGUUCUCUUAGAAAAUGAUCUCGUUGUUAUUGAUUUGAAAACAGAAAAUUAUCCUCUAUUUGAAUCAUUACAUACUAUGGAUUUACAUGAAUCUCAAGUGACCUAUUGUGAUUAUUUAACAGAGCCAAAUGCUAAUUUUUAUCAAAACUUAUUACGUUUACAAUCAAAACAAACACCAAAACGAACAUUCAGCCAACAAGAGAAUCCGAUAUCUGGAGGCAAAAGUGGCAGUACAAUAUUUGGUUAUAAUGAACUUAUCAUUACUGGUCAUGCUGAUGGCUCAGUCAAAUUUUGGGAUGCGUCCGGUGUUAAUCUUGUAUUUUUAUAUAAAUUACGCACAAAUCGUCUAUUUGACCGCGUUCAUAAUAAAGACCAACCACCAAAAGAUGCGAAAUCAGAUAUAAAAAUAGCACGUUCGAAUAGCAAUAAUUUGGAUGAACAAGGGAAUGUUAUCAUCAAUGGAGAUGGUAAAAAUGAUCCAGAUGGAAAUGAUCAACCAUUUGCUAUCUAUUCAAUUAAAUUAUGUUGUGAUGGACAGUUAUUAACAGCAGCUGGAAGAGGAGGACAUGUGACACUGUUUAAAUUUAGUGGUAGUGAAUUAGAUAAAGCCGACGAAGGACUUGGGGAUUUAUCGUGUUUAGAAGUGCCCAUACUACAUCGAAACUCAGCUGGAUUACCUCACGAUCAAGAUGAUAAAGAUGGAAGUGGUGGUGCACAAGAAUUCUCAUCAUCAUCGCCACAAGCGAAACAGAUGCAUUUAGCAGAUAAAAAGGAAUUUAAGAGUUUACUACGUGCUAAGUUUGGUUAUCGUCGAAUGCCCGGCUAUCAACCGGAAUUAGUGUGUUUAUUAUCAUGGCCUCCAAACGAUAAUGUUCCAAUUUUAAUGGAUGUAGCAAUAAAUUCCAAAUAUGGAUUAUUGAUAUUUGGACUUGAAAAUGGAUUAGUUGUUAUCGAUUAUUUAAGUAAAUCAAUAUUAAUGAAUAUGGCUACAGCUGAUCUCUAUGGUACUCUUGUUUUGACCGAUAGUGUGUUCUUAGGUACCAUGGAUCCGUUUCAACGAGCAACAUUAUCACCAAAGCGUAAAGGUUUUGCAUCAGAUGUACCAGUUUCGACUGACGAUCCAACAUCUGUUCAUGAUCAUCAGACACAAACUCUUGUUCCACAAACAGCUGAACCAUACUUACUUGGUGGUAUUUGGAAAUCUCAGAGUCGUGGAUUUCGUUCUAAACGUUGUUCGUCAAACGAGACUACCCUCCAAUCAAGUGUAUCUCGGUCACGCUCAAUCGACUGCGUAACGGCUAAACAAGAAAAUCAGAUAGAAGAAGAAACUAUAUCUGAUUUCCAUCAGCAACAAUUGCAAUUAAUUGCGGAUAAUACUCAACAACAACAAACGGGAAAAUUUGGAAAAACAUUGAGAAUAAUUAAACAACGUUUAUCUCGAUCUGGUACUCCAAAUAUAAAAAAUCCUAUUACUUUCGUGGCUCCGUUAGAUCAUAACAUACAAGACCAAGAUAAUGACGUGUUAGAACAAAGUUGGGUUGAAUGCGAAUCUAAUAUUAGUGAAAUUCACGAACAAUUUGUAUUUACUGGAAUUCAAUCACCCAUUCCUGACUUAACCACUGAUCAGCAACCACAGCCCACUCCAUUAACGGCUUACCGUUCAUUACCAACUGAUGAAAAAUCGACUCUGAAGCUCGAUUGUUCCUCAACAUUACCACCAGCAUUUACAACAAUUCUAAACGACAACCUCAAUAGUGAUACAUCACAAAAUCAAACAGUAUCACUAUCUAAAACGUGGCCACCGUUAAUGUUCACUACUACACAAAUACAUGGAACAUGCUCUCUAGAAUACAGUGAAUAUAUGAAAGAGAAAAUAAAUAGACGUAAAAUACAUCUAGUUGAUUUAAGAAAAGAUCAACAUUCUACUGCACCAACGUCAACAAAUACACUUACAUCUAAAUUAUCUAUACCAUCUUCGCAAAACAACAACAACAAUAAUACUGGCAAGGAUACAACUCUCUAUUCAAGUGUAUGGAUUGGUACAAGUACUGGAUGUAUUAUUGUUGUUAAUUUAAAUAUUAAUUAUGAGCCUAGAAAUAUAAGUGUUACACCAUCAGGAACAGUAUUUCGUUUAUGUGGACGUUUAUUGGCAAUCUCAUUUCUUGAUCAAAAGGCAAUGAUUCUCUCAUCUCCAACAGAAAAAUGGGAUUCAAAAACUUUAAAAAAAUCUUAUCAAAAAGAUACAUUCAAUCAAUCACAAGAAUCCUCAUCUUCAUCGAAUAAUAGUAACGAUCGUCAAUAUGCAGUUUUUUGUAGUUCAAAACAAGCACGUGUUGUUUCAUUACCAUCUCAAAUUUGUAUUUCAAAACAAAAAAUUUGUGAUACACUCUCAUCAUCAUCGUCACAAGUGUUGAAAGCAGCAAUUGUUAAAAUAGCUGGUUCAGCUUGUUUGACAUGCUAUGUUGCUAGUGGAAAAAUUAUUGUCUAUAGUUUACCAAGUUUACGUGAAUUAUAUAAUACAGCACUUGAAACUAUACCAGAAAAUUUUAAAACUACAGUUCGAUCAACAUUUUCAUUUACCGAUCGUGGUCAUGGAUUAUAUAUGUGUUCACCAACAGAAAUACAAAAGAUCACAAUUGCAUCCGAUGUCAAAGAGCAAAUCAAUGAAAUGUUGUGUGAUUUGUUUAAUCCAUCUAUAUCGAUGCCAGAAGCACCAAAACCAAGCUUUUUUAUCAAAUUAUUUAAUUCAACUCCAAGUGUUGAUACAGAUCAACUAUUUGGUGAGGGAAAAGCUCCGUAUGGUAUUGUGAAAAAAGAAGAAGUCAGUAUAAAUCAAAUGAAAACGAAAACUGAUUCACUAGGCAGCACUCUUGCUGACGUAAAACGACAAAUUGUUGAACGUGGACAAAAGCUCAAUGAAGCAGAGUUGGCAACACAAAGACUAUCUGAAAAAGCUGAAGAAUUUGCUAACUUAUCAACAAAAGUAAUGCUACGAGAAAAGCAGAAAAGUGAAUGGUGGCCAUUUAAUAAAAAAUCUUAA